UAUUUCGCUUUCACGAAAGGUGACAACUUCGGUUUUGGAGUUUUCGGAAGUUUUGGCUCGUUCUGGAUGAGUUUCGCGUUCAUUCUACUCGGCGACUACUACAACAUAUACAAGACGACCAAAAGCGACGUCGGAUACUUUCUGGCCGUGUUUGUCAUCUACGCAGCGAUCAUCAUGAUGGUGACCAUACGCAUGAACUUCAUGCUCAGCGCCACUAUACUCAGCCUGCUGAUCGGCCUGCUGUUGCUGUGCGUCGAAAGUUUCCUCAAUGAAGGUCGCGAGGUGAAGAUCGCCGCCUCAUGGAUCCUCAUCUUUUCCUCUGUCUGUUCUCUGUACAUCGUCGCUCACAUCCACCUGCACGAUGUGUACAAGCGAGAUGUGCUGCCGGUCGGGAAACCGCCGGUCGAAGUGCUUCAUGCCUGGUACUGCAGACACUGUAGUCGACGUUAG